AUGGACUACCUCCUCCCUCGAGGGCCUCCAACGGUCCCACCUCCAGAUCUCCAGAUCAACAACGCGAGCGUGGCUGACCAGGAAUGGCAGCUCAAAUUCGUGACCAUCUGGGCCUCAGUAUUGGCGUUCAGCACGCUGGUUUCCAUUCCAUGGGUUAUCCGUGCCGCUAGGCAGAAACGGUUAUACGCUGGUGCCGCCAUCCGGGAAAGCAACGUACGCCAAGCGGAGAAGGCUUCCUCACCCCUCCCUCCUCCUCCACGGAAGAACGGUUUCGUCAGCACACUUUACGCGAUCGGACAAAGCGUAGCGCUGUACACUCCUCCCCUCCCAUGGCGGAGGAGUGGCAAGCGCGCGCUCUUCGCACUCUCUCUCGCACAGAUGGCGCUCGUGGCCGCACUCCUGGCGGCCGCGAUCGCGUGUUGGACCACUGGUGCGGACCUGAAGACUAACUCGAACCGCGCCGGAUACCUCGCGCUGGCCCACCUUCCCCUCCUCAUCCUGCUGGCCAUCAAGACCCCGCUCCCGAUCCCCGUCUUCCUCCCCUCCCUCAGCUACGAGCACUACAAUUUCUUGCACCGCUGGGCUGGGCGGAGUGUGUGGCUCGCUGCGACAGUACACAUGUCGUGCUGGCUCAACCAGUACAUUUCGACCGGGCAGUGGGACCAGGUGUGGAAGAGCAAAACCGUGCGCGGGAUGAUUGCGUACGGAAUGCUCUGCAUGGUGGCUAUCACGAGUCUCAAGCCUGUGCGCAGGCGGUUCUAUCAGGUGUUCUGGGCGGCCCACAUCGUCUUCUUCGUUGGCUUCUUUGCGGCAGUGUGCUACCACACCUCGUACGCGUUCCCAUGGGUCUACGUCUGCGUCGCACUUUACGCCUACGACCACUUCGCGCGCCUCAUGCGCUACCGCCUCAAGGACGCGACCCUCGUCCCUGUUGACUCGACGUUGACGAUGAUCCACAUUCCCGACUGUGACUCUGGCUGGCUCCCGACGCAGCAUGUGUUCCUUCGUGUUCUCCGCGGCGCGGGCAUCUUCGAGGCACAUCCGUUCACGAUCACGAAUGCGCCGCCCGACGCGCUCUCUGGCAACCCCCGCGGCAUCGUACUGUACGCCAAGGUGGCGGGAGAUUGGACGCGCCGCCUGCACAGCAUGGCGGGAGAGCACGCUCUCGAGGAGGGCGACGAGUACGAGCUGCGCGAGGCUCUCAUGCAGAGCAACGAGGGGAAGCGGGGAUACGGCGCUGAUCACCCCGGUCGCCGAGUGACCGUCAUGCUCGACGGGCCGUAUGGCGGGCUCAAGCUGGACUUGAGCGCGUACGAGAGUGCGCUCGUCGUGGCUGGCGGAUCGGGCGUCACCUUCCUUCUCGGCGCGAUCGAGGAGAUCUUCACCUGGCGUCAGAAGGGGCAGGGGCCGAGCAAAAUCGUGGCCGCGUGGGCCGUGCGUGACCUGUCGACGAUCGAGGCCAUUGCGCCGACCAUGACGAGACUGCACGAGCUUGCACUCUCCUUGGACACGGACCUGAGCUACGCCCUCUACCUCACGGACCCACCCGCAACGCUACCGCCGGCCUUGUCCCUCGUGCCGUCCGCCACUCUCACACCCUGCCGGCCCGACGUGUCGCAACUUGUGCGCGACGCGCUGCCCAGCUCUGUUUCCUUGGAGAACGACAAGCUUGGCGGGGGGCUCGCGGUCAUCGCUGCUGGACCUGAGGGGAUUGUGACGGAGGCGCGUAAUGCCGUGGCGGGCAUCAGCGUGUCUGAGCGCCUGAGGGCUGGGGGAAUCUGCUUCCACGAUGAGGUGUAUGCGCUAUAG